UCGUAAUUACUAUCUCAUCUUUUCUAUAUGACAACGUCAGAAGAACGCUAUUUCAACGCAAGCUGUCGGCAUGAUAACCGGGCUGCCAUCAUCUCGUAUUCACCCCUUUCAUUACGAGGAAUCGCACGGGCGCGCGAUUUAUCAGAGACUCGACUCUAUGCAGGAACAUAAAUAUUGACUUAUACAUCAAUCAAUUUGCGACUCGGCAAGAUCCGUACCUAAUCAGCCAUGGCGGCGCGACUUUUAAAUACGCAGGGUCGUACUAAAGCUAUAGUGUCUGCCGAUUCAGGCUCUUCUCUGCAGGAGACUAGCCUCAAUUUCCCAUGGUGCAACAACUUGGCCCGCCGGCAUCCCGGGCCACCUUCCCCAGAUCGCCUGGGCCCAAGUCGGCACUUCAAGUUCCAUAUGUCAGAAUAGGCAUUGAAGAAGUCGACGUGCGGAUGACGUUCGAUCUGGGCAUGCCAGGUACACGGACUCUUUCUCCUAUCUGCGCCAUUAUGCCGGAUUUGACGGAAAACUAAACGAUAAUGCGAGAAGGUAGGUAUGUAGGCCGGCAUAUAUAUAUAAUGUAUCUCAAGAUGAGUUGCUCCAGUUAUAGUGUUGCGUGCUUGUCACACUCGCGAAAGCUGUAUUACGUCUACCUGGCGGAGUAAUUAAAAGACGACAAAAGCUAUGGCUUCCAAGCUUGCCGUCGGCCUGGCAUUCCUGGGCCUUGCCGCUGCGCAGAAGCCCGGAAGCACUCCCGAUGUCCACCCCGAGAUCACAACCUACCGGUGUAGUGUGGCGGACGGAUGCACGGAGUCGACUAACUACCUCGUGCUCGAUUCGUCUGCUCACUGGGUUCAUCAAGUUAGUGACGAUGCUUACGGUUGUGGUGACUGGGGAAGCAAGCCGAAUGAAACCGCUUGCCCUACUAAGGAGGCGUGUGCUGAAAACUGUGUUAUGGAGGGCCAAAGCAAUUACACCAGUAUCGGAGUCAAGACGAACGGAUCCUCGUUGAACAUGCAGCUGAUUGUCGGCGACAACGUCGUGUCCCCUCGUAUCUAUCUCCUCGACGAGGCCAAGGAGAAGUACGAAAUGCUUCAGCUCACCGGCAAUGAAAUCGCAUUCGACGUCGAGGCUAGCCAUCUCCCCUGCGGCUUGAACAGUGCUCUAUACCUCUCCGAGAUGGCGGCAGAUGGAGGCCAAAGCGAGCUAAACCCCGGCGGAGCUGCCUGGGGAACGGGAUAUUGUGACGCACAAUGCUAUGUUACCCCCUUUAUCAACGGCGAGGGCAACGUGGACGGCUACGGGGCUUGCUGCAACGAGAUGGACAUCUGGGAAGCCAACUCGCGCGCGAACCAGAUCGCGCCGCACCCGUGCAACCAGACCGGUCCGUACCUCUGCACGGGCGACGAGUGCCAGGCCAACGGCGUCUGCGACAAGAGCGGGUGCGGGUGGAAUCCGUACCGACUGAACCAGCCCGAGUACUACGGCAGGGGAGAGAACUUCACCGUGGACACGACCAAGCCGUUCACCGUCGUGACGCAGUUCCCCGCCGACGAGAGCGGCAAGCUGAAGGAGAUCCACCGCCUGUACGUGCAGGGCGAAAAGGUGAUCAAGGCCGAGGUGGUGAAGAAGGAGGGCGUGCCGGAGGUCGCCUUCACGAACGACGCCUACUGCAACGCAACCGGCGCGACGCAAUUCAUGAACCUAGGCGCCCACGCGCGCAUGGGCGAUGCGUUGACGCGUGGAAUGGUGCUGACUUUUAGUAUCUGGUGGGACGAGAGCAGUUAUAUGUCCUGGCUUGACGGUGCUGAAGAUGGUGCUGGGCCUUGCAAUGCGACGGAAGGAAAUCCUACAAUUGCCAGGCAAAUCGAACCUUAUCCUGAGGUGACAUUUAGCAACUUGAAGUGGGGAGAAAUUGGGUCGACAUACCCCGCGAGCACGGUAAACGUUUGAUAUGGUAGACGAUAAAUAUUGCUAUACUAUAUACUAAAAGUUACUAUAUUAAAUGGAUUUUACAUUCGACUAUCCAGAUCCUCUUCGAUAAUUCGCCCCUAUAUCCCCUCAACAGCAUGGGCAUGACCCCUAUUUUGUCCCCGAUUAUAUGAAUUGUACAGCUGUUGGAA